AUGGGCUUUGGUUGGAAAUGGAGGACAUGGGCAAAGGAAUGCAUUGGCAUAGCAUCUAUGUCGAUCUUGGUAAAUGGCUCACCAUCUAAACCUUUUAAGAUGGAGAGGGGUUUGAGACAAGGUGAUCCACUAUCUCUAUUUCUAUUUGUUCUGGUUGUUGAUGUGCUGCAUAGGAUGGUAGGGGAGGCAGUCAGAAACAAACGUAUUUUGCCAUUGCUGAUUGGAAAGGACAAUACAGAGACAUCACAUUUACAAUUCGCAGAUGACAUUAUAUUGUUCUGUCUACUAGAGGAGGAGACCAUUAGAAACUAUGCCAAGUUGCUAAGGUGCUUUGAGAUGAUGUCAGGGUUGGCUAUUAACUUUGAUAAAUCAAGUUUAAUUCCAUCAACUGCGAACCGCAGUGGACCUCCGACAUGUGCAGCUACUUGGGGUGUAAGGAGGCCAGUCUUCCAGUAA